CGGGCGGUGGCGCUGCGGAGGCGGCGGCCGAGGCCCGCGGGCGCGGAGGAGGGGCCCGAGGCUGGGGCAGCCGGCGGCAGCUGCCUCGGUGACGACUAGCCCGCAGCGCGGCCACCAGACGCGAGCGAGCCGCGGGCCCCGGCGCCGCCCGGCCGCCGUCCUUCUCUUCCCCCUCGUCUCUCUCUCGGCCGGGGCGGCCGGACAUGGGCCCCGACCGCCGCGGGCCCCGCACCCUGCGCCGCCCGUAGGCCCCAGCCGCCGGCCUCGCCACCCGCGCCGCGCCCCCCCCCUCCCCCACCCCCCAUCCCCGGGAAGGAAGAUGAGGGAGACGGGCCCGGCGCUCAGCAGCCAGAGCAGCCAGAGCAGCCGCGGCCGGGGGAGGGUGUUUCGCCGUUUCCUCUCAGCCGCCAGGACAAGAUGGCAGCGGCCGCCGAGAGGGGCUGAGCCCGGGCUGGGUGGUGCCGCCUGCUGAAGCGCGCCAGGCUCCCCCGUCCCCGCCGCACGGCCCCGCACCCCGCUCCGGACAUGCUCAGGGCUGCGGCCGCCCGAAGAGGGGAGAGCGCAGGCCUCUAGGAAGGUAUGGCCUCACAAGUCUUGGUAUAUCCACCAUAUGUUUAUCAAACUCAGUCAAGUGCCUUUUGUAGUGUGAAGAAACUCAAAGUAGAGCCAAGCAGUUGUGUAUUCCAGGAAAGAAACUAUCCUCGGACCUAUGUGAAUGGUAGAAACGUUGGAAAUUCUCAUCCUCCCACGAAGGGUAGUGUGUUUCAGACAAAGAUACCAUUUAGCAGACCUCGAGGACACAACUUUUCCUUGCAAAGUGCUGUUGUUUUAAAAAACACCGCGGGUGCUACAAAGGUCUUAGCAGCUCAGAAACAAGCCCAAGUAGAGGCACCUCAGAUUGGGGUGUGGCGACACAGGUUAAAUUUCCUAGAAGGCCCCCAGAGAUGUGGAUUGAAGCGCAAGAGUGAAGAAUUGGAUAAUCACGGUAGCGCGAUGCAGAUUGUCGAUGAAUUGUCCAUACUUCCUGCAAUGUUGCAAACCAACAUGGGAAAUCCAGUGACAGUUGUGACAACAACCACAGGAACGAAACAGAAUUGUACCACUGGAGAAGGGGACUAUCAGUUAGUACAGCAUGAAGUCUUAUGCUCCAUGAAAAAUACUUAUGAAGUCCUUGAUUUUCUUGGUCGUGGCACUUUUGGCCAGGUUGUCAAAUGCUGGAAAAGGGGGACAAAUGAGAUUGUGGCAAUCAAAAUUUUGAAGAAUCAUCCUUCUUAUGCACGUCAAGGUCAAAUAGAAGUGAGCAUAUUAGCAAGACUUAGUACUGAAAAUGCUGAUGAGUAUAACUUUGUACGAGCUUAUGAAUGCUUCCAGCACCGGAACCAUACUUGUUUAGUCUUUGAGAUGCUAGAACAAAACUUGUAUGACUUUUUGAAACAAAAUAAAUUCAGUCCCCUGCCACUAAAAGUAAUUCGACCCAUUCUUCAGCAAGUGGCCACUGCACUGAAAAAAUUAAAAAGUCUUGGUUUAAUACAUGCUGACCUCAAACCAGAGAAUAUUAUGUUGGUGGAUCCUGUUCGGCAGCCAUACAGAGUUAAAGUAAUAGACUUUGGGUCAGCCAGUCAUGUAUCAAAAACUGUGUGUUCAACAUAUCUACAGUCUCGGUACUACAGAGCUCCGGAGAUUAUAUUGGGGUUGCCAUUUUGUGAAGCCAUAGACAUGUGGUCAUUGGGAUGCGUGAUUGCAGAAUUAUUCCUGGGAUGGCCACUCUACCCAGGAGCCUUGGAGUAUGACCAGAUUCGAUACAUUUCUCAGACUCAAGGGUUACCUGGAGAACAGUUGUUGAAUGUGGGGACAAAAUCCACAAGAUUUUUUUGCAGAGAAACGGAUAUUUCUCAUUCCAGUUGGAGAUUAAAGACACUUGAAGAGCAUGAGGCAGAGACUGGAAUGAAGUCUAAAGAAGCCAGAAAGUACAUAUUCAACAGUCUGGAUGAUAUAGUGCAUGUGAACACAGUGAUGGAUUUGGAAGGAAGUGAUCUUUUGGCUGAGAAAGCUGAUAGAAGAGAAUUUGUUAGUCUGUUAAAGAAAAUGUUGCUGAUUGAUGCAGAUUUAAGAAUUACUCCAGCAGAGACUUUGAACCAUCCUUUCGUUAAUAUGAAACAUCUUCUAGAUUUUCCACAUAGCAACCAUGUAAAGUCCUGUUUUCAUAUUAUGGAUGUUUGUAAGUCCCAUCCAAAUUCAUGUGACAGAAAUAAUCACAAUAAAACUUCACUUUUAAGACCUGUUGCUUCCAGCAGUACUGCUAAUCUGACUGCAAAUUUUGCUAAAAUUGGUACAUUAAGAAGUCAGGCAUUGAGUACAUCUGCUCACUCAGUAGUGCACCACGGAAUUCCCUUGCAGGCUGGAACUGCUCAUUUUGGCUGUGGUGAUGCUUUCCAGCAGACACUGAUUAUCUGUCCCCCAGCUAUUCAAGGUAUUCCUGCAACACAUGGUAAACCCACUAGCUAUUCAAUAAGAGUAGAUAAUACUGUUCCACUUGUAACUCAGGCACCAGCUGUACAGCCGCUACAAAUUCGACCUGGAGUUCUUUCUCAACAGACAUGGUCUGGUAGAACUCAACAGAUGCUGGUACCUGCCUGGCAACAGGUCACACCCAUGGCUCCUGCUGCGACCACAUUGACUGCUGAUGGCGUGGCUGGUUCACAGAGACUUGGCGACUGGGGGAAAAUGAUUUCACAUGGCAAUUGUUACAGCUCAGUGGUGCCACAACCUCUUCUAACCAAUCAGAUAACUUUAUCAGCCCCUCAGCCAAUUAGUGUGGGCAUUGCACAUGUUGUCUGGCCUCAGCCUGGUACUACCAAGAAAAAUAAACUGUGCCAGAACAGGAGUAGUUCAUUGCAGAAUACCAAUAUCCCACAUUCAGCAUUUAUUUCUCCAAAGAUAGUAAAUGGGAAAGAUGUGGAGGAAGUAACUUGCGUAGAAACACAGGACAAUCAUGACUCAGAAGGCGAGACAAGAAAUGGUUGUGAAACAUCCAUCAGGCAGGACUCAGACGCAGCGGUUUCAGACAGGCAGCGGCAGACCAUCAUCAUUGCUGACUCCCCCAGUCCUGCUGUGAGUGUGAUCACUAUUAGCAGUGACACGGAUGAGGAAGAGACAUCACAGAGACAUUCACUCAGAGAAUGUAAAGGUAGUCUAGAUUGUGAAGCUUGCCAGAGCACUUUGAAUAUUGAUCGAAUGUGUUCCUUGAGCAGUCCUGAUAGUACUUUGAGUACCAGCUCCUCAGGGCAAUCCAGCCCAUCUCCUUGCAAGAGACCGAACAGUAUGUCAGAUGAAGAGCAAGAGAGUGGUUGUGAUACUGUGGAUGGCUCUCCAACAUCAGACUCUUCGGGGCAUGACAGUCCGUUUGCAGAGAGUAGUUUUGUGGGGGACACUCAUCAAAACACUGAACUGGUAACCUCUGCUGACACAAAAUCCAAACCAGCUGUUUGUACUGUAGUGGUGCCACCAAUAGGACUAGAGAAUGGAUUGAACGCUGAUGAACAUAUGGCAAACACAGAUUCUAUAUGCCAGCCAUCAAUAAAAGAACGAACAGCCCCUGGCAGGUUAAGCCAGCCUUCUACAGUGGGUAAUCGGCAGCAGAAAUUGCCAUCAGCAUUCCAGCAGCAGCAUUUGAAUUUCAGUCAGGUCCAGCACUUUACAUCUGGGCAUCAGGAGUGGAAUGGAAAUUUUGGACAUCGAAGACAGCAAGCUUAUAUCCCUACUAGUGUUACCAGUAAUCCAUUUACUCUUUCUCACGGAAGUCCCAAUCACUCAGCCGUUCAUGCCCAUCUGGCUGGAAAUACGCACCUUGGAGGACAACCUACUCUGCUUCCAUACCCAUCAUCAGCUACCCUCAGUAGUGCUGCACCAGUGGCCCACCUCUUAGCCUCUCCGUGUACCUCAAGACCUAUGUUACAGCAUCCAACCUAUAAUAUCUCUCAUCCCAGUGGCCUAGUCCACCAAGUCCCAAUGAGCAUAAAUCCCCGCCUGUUACCAUCCCCAACCAUUCAUCAGACUCAGUACAAACCUAUCUUCCCACCACAUUCUUACAUUGCAGCAUCACCUGCAUUUACUGGAUUUCCAUUGAGUCCAACAAAACUCAGCCAGUAUCCAUAUAUGUGAAAACUCGAGUAUAUUGAGGAAGCUCAAUGAUACAAACAUUUGAUUAAAAAUAAAACAUGGUAUUUAAUAAAUAUUAGCCAUGGCACAAGAAAAUUAUUUUUGAAUCAUGUAGACUUGGGUGCAAUUUAAACAACUUUGAGCUUUAAAAAAAAACUCACUUUUAAUGUGUUUUGCACAUUUGGUAUAACUUGUCUUUGGUCAUGUUAUCUUCUUAUGUAGUAACUCUAGACAGGUGACUUAUAGGAGCGGAAGUCCAGUUUUGCUCCUGCUAUUUUUUAUAAAAUUGCCUUCUAACUAGUGCAAGACACGUCCACAUUUGGGAAGCCAUUCUGUGUACAGACUUAGAGCAACAAAUGCACAUAUGUCAGAAUUACAGCAUACAAGUGAAUUGUAUUUUCUGUGUCUUAGUGUGUAAAUGUUGGGUCACUUACCUAAGAAAUUGAGCUAUUGUUCUUUACAUUUGCAUGUGUCUUUGCAUGGGCAAAAUGUUGCCUAGACUUUGCUCUUAAAUGUUGUUCUAAUAAUCUCAGCUGCAUUGUAAACCGUUCCCACACAUAGUGCCUUAAAUAUUUGAGGUUGUUAAUGUUAUUACCUAUAUAUAAAUGUUGAGGACUGCAGCACUUACAAUUCAGACCUACUCUUUAGUUUUUCUUUUGAUAGAGUAAUGUUCAUUUUGGGUUUUGUGUGGUAUGAUUUCAGGUCGUAGCUGUUUUUCCAUACUAAGAGGGCAGCAUGUUUGCUAUAGCUGAAUUCUGCUGUCUGAUUUUUCAGAAUGAUCUAGCUUCAAGAAAAGCAAGCAGUUAGUAGUGCUUAAGAAAAAUUGAUUCAGUAUCUAAUGGAUAGUUAAUAACUGUCUCAACACAGCAUUUUAUAUACUGUUAAGUGAAACUGCAAUACAAUCUAAGUUUAUUUUGGGGAGUGUUUGCUAUAUAAUUGGAUUUAAUAAAAUGUUUAGAGGUACAGUAGGCAUGAUUUUGAGUAGAUAAUGGAAGAAAAUGCAAAAUACUCAUUGAUUCAUGAUGUGGUUUCAUCUUAGCUUGGGCAAACCAUGCAGUAUUUAAUAAAUAGUAGCAGAAUAUUUACUAUUGAAGCUUGAAAAGAUGUGAGUUCUUUGUGUGCAAUUUUUCAUUUAUGCAUGUGAGAGGGGUUUGGUUUUUUUUUAAGUAUUUUUACAUUGUAGUACUUGUUUUGUUUGUUGGUGGUGUUUGCUUAUUUAAUACAUUCCGUCAGGGACAGAAAUUACAUGCUUUUUUUCUUAGGAAGUGUGUGUGUAUGUGUGUGUAUGUGUGUGUGCGCGCCUGCGUGUGUGUAUGUGUGUGUGUUUUUGUGGGGGGAGGGUGGUGGUUAUGUUUAAAUGAAGUUGCUUUUACAGCACCAAAGACUUAAUCAUCCGUUUCCUAUAUAAAAGGUAGCUACUUUUUGCAUAGACCUCAAGUAUAUUGUAGUGUAGAGGUGGAAUUUUAAGGAAAGGUAUUAAACAGGCCGUGUUUUAGCUUAUGGGCAAGUAAUAAAUUGUAUCAUUUAUCUUGAAUGUAUCAUAGAUAAGCUGCUAUAUAACGAUUGCCACUUCAGAUAGCUGUGAAAUUAGGUGAUUAACUAGUUGUUAUUUAGCCUUCUAAUUUCUGUAUAAGUCUAACUACAUGAAAUAGAAGUUGGGGUUUUGAUUUUUUACUUUGCUUUUCUGUUUGGAGUGUCAUUGUAACUACUGUAUUGUAAAUGAUGGGAAAAACUGCAUAUGUUAUUUUCGGGUGUGUUAUUUGCAUCAGUAUUUUAUCUCUAUUAAUGUUUGUGCUCAUCACUGCAUAUAAAAACUUGGAUGUAUCAAUGUAACUUAAUUUUUUAUUUUUCAUACUGGCAUUGUAGACACUUGAGAAAGCUGUAUCUUGCAGGCUUGGCUUAACUUUUUUUUCCUUAAAAAUCUGGAAUAUAAACUUAAGCAUUUACUGGAAUAAAUAGUACAAAGCAUUUGAGUGUAAAACUCUUGGAUUUACAGCAUUUCUUUGAUAAAUGAAUGCAUACCACUAGUACAGCUUUAGUACAGCAUUGAUAAUAAGCUAAUAAUGGAUAAACUUUUCUUUACUCCAUUACACAAGCAGUGUUUUAUUUAAUAAUCAUCAAUGAAAUAAAUGUGCCUCAAAUUGAUUUUAAAAUUUACAGUAUUAGAUCAUUAAAAAAACCAGCAGUACAUUUUUAGUCACACUGAAAAUGAAGGACAUAAUUUUCCCCACAAGUUUCAGUGUUUUUAGUAAUCAAUUCUAUGCAUUUUAUAUAAAUAGAAAUAUAUAUAUAAAACACAUAAAGGAAUAGCUUAAGAUUAAUUUAAAAGAUUAUUUACAGAUGGUAAAUUUAUGGAAUCACAAUUUCAGUAAACAUGCUGCCCUCCACAGCCUUCUCAUUUUAUUAUUUAUACAGUCUAGCAGUUUACUGGUACCUGCUCACUCCAUGGAAAAGAAUUAGUGCUGGCAAUGGUUGUUUCAGAAGUGCCAGAUAAAAGGAAUUGAUUGAAAAUGUUUGUACAACAGCUGCAAAACUGGUGCAGUUUUCUUUUUGUCCAGGGCCAUAUUUACUAGCCCAAAGUGUCGUAGUUUCUGUUUUUCACUUCCUAGAUUGAGAUGGUCUUGAUAAAUUGACAGUAAAUGAUGAACUGGUAAACUGUAAUGUUUUCAUAAUGUGAUUGUAAUAUUUGAUAAAGGUGUAUUCCAGUUACACUGAUCUCACACUGAUUCUAAUCAUGGACUUUUUAAUGUGUUUUUUAAAAAAGUCUAAAUUUAGCAUGUUAACAAAAGUAUCUGGAUUAACCUCUUUAAAAUAUUUUUUAAAACUGGUUUUCUUUGGUUUUAAUGCUUCCUUAAAUAAAACACUGCAUGACUUCCAAGUUGCAUAUUUGCAUACUAUUUUAAUUUGCAAAAUUAUUUUUAUCAAAUACCCUGAUACUUUUCUGCCGGGGUAUUUAUGUUACUGUAGUAGCAAAACCUUUUCAUUUUUCAAAUCUCUACUAUUUUAAACUGGGUUUGUGUUAUGUCAAAGUUAAAUCAUACACUGCAAGGUGUAGGAAGAUUUGAUUACUGAGUUUGAACUGUUAACUGUUUUUAACAAUUUUAGACUUGUGGCUUUCUUUCUUUGGUUUGUUUUUGCUUUUAUUUCUAUGCUACACUAGUUUGCCAUGUAGCAAUUGCACUGUGCAAUAUUACAAUAAGGACUGGGAAAAUUUUUAUGGAUGUAAUGUCUAUUACGGUUUGCGAUAGUAUUUCUCUCUAGUUCUCAGUGAUUUAAAUGUGACCAAGCCUUCUGUACUUUGUCACAAAAAGCGGGUUUUCCAGGUGACUAUUUUGGUGAGUGUCAAAAUAAGAAUUUAUGGUGUAUUACUGUCGAUUCACUUUGAAUUAAAAUAUAUAUAUUGCAGCAAA